AUGCUCUCUUCACUGUUGGUUGGCUUAGCCCUGCACGCCGCAUCCGCGUACGCUGCUCCUAGCCUCGCGCCAACAGUGCAAAUCAGUGGAGGCACCUUCGUUGGAGACCGUGGACUCACUGUUCACAAGUUCCUGGGCAUCCCCUUUGCCCAUCCUCCUGUCGGCAAUUUGCGUUUCCGCCUGCCACAGCCGAUUGAGAGCUACAAUGGUACUUACGAUGCCAGCAAAUAUGGUCCAUCGUGUCCCCAACAGGCCGUUAGCUUACCUUUGUUGAGGGGCCUCCCCGCUGAGGCCGCCGACUAUGUUGUCAAUUCGGUAUUCAAACAAGUCUUCCCAGACGACGAAGACUGCCUCACGCUCAACAUCGUCAAGCCCGCCACCGCGGGCCCCAAUGACAAGCACCCUGUCCUUGUGUGGAUCUUCGGAGGCGGAUUCCAACUCGGAAGCACUUCUAUCUCCCUUCCUCGUCUACGCAGGUAUGACGGCUCAGGUGUUGUUGCUCGUUCUAUCAGCCAGCGGGAGCCGGUCGUCUUCGUGAGCAUGAAUUACCGUCUCAAUGGCUUCGGAUUUAUGGCUGGUAAAGAAGUUCGGAAUGCCGGCGUUGGGAACCUUGGUCUGCACGACCAGCGGGAAGCCCUCCGAUGGAUCAAGAAGCAUAUCUCGGCCUUUGGCGGUGACCCAGACAAGGUUACCAUCUGGGGAGAGUCUGCCGGUGCCAUCUCUGCCGCCCUUCAGAUGGUCGCCUUUGACGGAAACAGCGAGGGUCUCUUCCGCGGCGCUUUCAUGCAAUCCGGAGCGCCUAUCCCCGUCGGACCCAUCGAGAACGGCCAGGGCUACUAUGACGACGUCGUUCGCGACACCGGAUGCGCUGAUGCUACCGAUACUCUCCAGUGCCUCAGGACCGUCCCAUACGACAGACUUAAGGCUGCCAUAGACUCAACUCCAGGAAUCUUCGACUACCAGUCCUUGCGCCUUACUUGGCUUCCCCGUGAAGACGGCGUCUUCCUCACUGACGAACCGCUCAAGUUGGUUCAGCAAGGCAAGGUUGCCAACAUUCCCUAUGUUAACGGGAACUGCGACGACGAAGGAACCUUGUUCUCGAUCGCAACUAUGAACGUUACUACAGACGCUGAAUUCAGGUCUUGGCUUGGUGGUACCUUCUUGCCCAACCUCUCGGCCGAGCAAGUGGAUGGAAUCGCCAGACACUACUCUCAGCGACCUUCGGAAGGCUCACCGUUCGGCACCGGUCUCCUCAACGCAAUCACCCCGCAAUUCAAGCGCUUUGCUGCCUUCCAGGGUGAUGGUGUUUUCCAAGCCCCUCGCCGAUGGUUCCUGAGGCACACUGCCCACAAGCAGAACGUCUGGGCUUAUGUCAGCAAACGCUUCAAGGCGCUGCCUGUUCUCGGAGCUGCCCAUGCCACUGAUCUGGCGAACAGCUUCUUCGGCGGUGAGAUGGGCGAACACAUCAUUCGCUUCACCAACAAGCUCGAUCCCAACGGCGGUCUCCUCGACUUCAACUGGCCCAAGUACAAUACCAACACCAAGCAGAUGUUGGUUUACAGAGACGGUGUGGUCCCUCUUGCUAGGACCACGGACGACUACCGUGAAGAAGCGAUGAAUUAUUUGAUGGAAGUCACUUUGGCCAACCCCGUUUAG